CUCACCCAGCUGGAAACAGCCCUCACAAGUCCAGGAAGGGGGUGUGUCCGCGCAGGCGCAGAAAACUCCGCGGCUGCUCGCCGGCCCCGCCCAACCCGAGUCACGUGGUGAGCGCCCCUCACGCCCAGGCCUUGUCACGUGGUCCUGGCCCGGGCGGCGCACAGGGAUGGAGCCGGAAGAGGGUACAGCUCUGUGGCGGCUGCAGAAGCUGCCUCUCGAGCGUGGCGCGCAGCUUCUUCAUAAAAUAAUUGAUGGCAUUUGUGGUCGAGCUUAUCCUCUGUACCAGGAUUAUGACAGUGUUUGGGAUUCAGCAGAAUGGGUGCAUGUUCUUGAAGAUGUUACCAAGUUUUUCAAAGCCGUGGUUGGUAAAAAUUCAUCAGAUGAAGAGACGCUUCAACAGUUGAAUCAGUUGAGUUCAUCUCAUCAAGAACAUAUCAUGAAAUGCUUGAAAAGUAGAAAAGAUGAAAUCAAGCAAGUUCUGUUAGGAGAAAUAGUUAAUAUUUCCUCUGCACAGCUACAAGAUUUUGACUGGCAGCUAAAGCUUGCACUUUCUAGUGACAAGAUUGCUACUUUACAAAUGCCACUUGUAAGUCUUCAUCUAGAUGUAAAAGAAAAUGGUGAGGUGAAGCCAUAUUCAGUUGAGAUGAAUAAGGAAGAGUUGCAGAAUCUCAUAAAUUCCUUGGAAGCAGCUAAUAAGGUGGUCCUGCAGUUGAAAUAACUGGAAAUGAUGAAUACCAACAUUAUCAGAUUUUCCUGCUACAAUUGAUGUGGCGGAGUGAACAUGUGUUCUGAAACCCUGCAGCACACUGACUGCUACACCAAGCUGAGAAAGAAGCAGUGUUGAGAUUAGAAAGAUAAAAAUCUAUUCAUGUCUCUUAAGAACAGGAAAUUACUUGGUUGAAAGGAAAUGCAUAAAAUGAAAGUAAAACAGCUAUGGUAGUUUAUAUUUUCAUAAUAACUGUUUGGUCUCCUUUACCAAUACUUGGGAAAUCUUUGUUAAUAGUUUUAUUAAAGCUAAAAGUAGUUUCUGAGGUAAUAUAAAUAUACAAAUGUAAUGAAAUAUGUGAGUAACAAGGACAUGUAUUAUGGGUAUAUAAUAAAUUUAUGAAAUUUAAGUUUGUAAGAGUAUAUAUGUUACAUGUAUAACUCAGGAGAUACCAUAUAUUUUUCAUUCAAAGAAAAUAUAUCACAUUUCUUAAGAGAAAAGGUCUUUUUGAGACAUGAACAAGAAAACUUAAAAAUAUC